AUGGCUACACCGGCGGCUUUCUGUCUUAGCGUCAGCCCUGAUGUGUUGAAACAGCCCCCGCCAGCUCCCCCGAAAUAUCUAAAACAUCAGGUUUAUGAUGCGCCGGAUGUUUUUGCACGGGUCGAUGAACAUGCCAUUAAGGUUUCCUAUAAUGAAUAUCCGAGUUUUCGUGAUCUCAUGUGGAAUCUCGUUUUUCGAUAUAAACUAUCUGAACUUGAGAGAGCACGAGUCAUAUUUCGUUGGAUGACAACAAAGAAUAUGCAAAAAAUGACCUUUCAGGAGGUUGCAGCUGGAUCUCCUGAAGAAAUACUCCUUAUGUUUAAGCAAAACAAAACAAGUUUUGCCAAAAUCUACGAGAUAAUGUGCACAUAUGCCGAGCUUCAUUGUGUCACUGUGAGUGGUUACGCGAAGGGGGUCGACUAUUUUCCUGGAGAUCGAUUCCAAGGUCUACCCCCAAAUCACUCUUGGAAUGUUAUCUACAUCCAGGAAUCUUGGCAGCUGGUGGAUGCACACUGGGCAACACGUUAUCUGAGUUCAGGAAAAAACCUCCAAGAAAACGUGGUUUAUGAGUACGAUGAUUUUUACUUCAUGAUGGAACCUCAGCAGGCGGUAUAUAGCCAUUUCCCCGAAGACUGUCGUUGGCAACUUCUUUCGAAGCCAUUGACUUUGGCCCAGUUUGAAAGUUUGCCCCUUACCAAAUCCCAAUUCUUCAAGUGCGCAAUGGACUUUCGUCAGGAACAUUUCGGUGUUGUUUACACUAAUGUUGGCUGUCUCCGCAUGACUUUUGGUUUCUGGAAACCCGGUUGCUUUACAUACAAGUUACAACAUCUUCUUGGCAGUGCAAAUGAUCCGAAACCCGAAUUUUUGCCCGCCCGACCAACUGAUUUGACAGACACCUUGACAAACACAAACCUCGAGUUGAAAUUGUUUGUCUUGCAGGAAAGCACAGUGGAUUCCCUAAAUUACUAUUUCCGCCUACCGUGCAGAGGUGUAUUCUACCUCACCAUAUAUGCUCAGGACCUCACCAACGAGGCAAUGGCCAGAAACGGGACCUUCAGAGCUGCCUGUGAAUAUAAACUGAUUUGUGACAAAGGCGCAAUCAAGUGUGAGCCCUAUCCCGCCUGUGACGACCUGAAUUGGGGUCCCGCCUGGUUGCAUGAAAAGCACUACGGACUUCAGUUGGACCAACCUGUUGGCGUACUGAGCCUUCCUCCGGGAAAAAUUCAGCCCAAUGGCCAGAUUGAGCCUGGUUUCCUUCAGCUAGGCUGCACAAAGAACCGUCCCGAGGUGCAGUUAUACUGUAACUUGAAACGUAACGGUUAUACCGAUGCCGAGUUGGAACCUUAUCACCGCCUCAGUGUCUCCGACCACAAGGCUAUCUUCGAGCUUACCCUGCCGGAACCCGGUAAGAAAAUAUCAUCAGCUUUCUGGUUUCUUGUUCAGUUUGGUUCACUUUAUUGA